UCCGCGGAUUUUAAAACGAGUUUAUUAAGUCUCGACUCUAAAUUGAUUUAAAUAGAUUCAGUGUUUAAGCUUCACAUAAUUAAUAAAUGUAUAAACUAACUAACCAACCUUUUGCCAAGUGGAAAAUUCUCAGUUAAUAGAUACGAAGUUGUCUCAAACAAUCAUUAAAAAUGUAAUAUUAGUUGCUUCGCUCUUAUGAAUAAAGUAAACUACGAAUAAAAUAAAUUUAUAACUCGAGUUAAGUUCGGUGAUGGUUAUUGGAGGGAUGUUCAAAUGUAUGUUAAAUUAAGCUCUUUGAUUUAACCUGGGAGUUAACUGAGUUUAAUCGUUUAAAAAAUGAGCUUUUACCUAACAUAAAAUUAGGGGUUGCGCUGGAUUAACAAAAAACAAACAAACAUUUUUUUUUAUCUUUUUCUAUUCCAGUAUUUUUUCAACUUAAAUUGUUUUAAUAAAAUGUUUUUGUCUACAUUCUGUGACAAGUCUAACAGGACAUACAUAUUAAAACAUACAAAAUUAUUUAGAUACAUUCAAAAAGUUAAUAUCUCCUUUUACAGUUUUGUAUAUAUACAAAUUAUAAGAACCGUUUUAAUUCCAGCAUAAUAUUCAGAAUUCAUUAUCAAUUUAAAAGAAGAGUUUUAACUCAAAGAGAUGGAAAAUAAUUAUUAUUUAUGAUCAAAUAUUUCUACGUCUAUAAUCAUUAUUAUUUUAAAAUGAUUUUUUUUCAGUGAUUACAGAUGCUGAAAAGAUCGAGAUUGUACUGCAAAACAUUCUUGAAAAAGACGGUUUGCAUCGUUUUAUACAAGUCCUCGUUGGCAAUGCAUUAAUAUUUUCGAAAGAAACAGCUAUGGGUGUCCAGAUCAAUGCGCAAGACAGCCAGGGUAACCUAAUCCUUAGAGCGGUAAACGAAUCCCUUCGGCUAUCUUCUGAGAGGAUAUUCCACCUAUGGCUCCAACCAGAUUGGCUGUAUAAAUUUUUCCCGCAACACAAACAACUUUUGUAUCACACAAAAAUAGUACACGAUUUCACUAGUGAGAUUAUUCGAAAGAAAAGGAUGGAUACCAACACGAAGAACAAAGAUAUUGGUCAAAAACCAGAUGUCGUACAAGGUAACUCGGAGACUACGUUUUUGGAUCUUCUCAUACGUCAGUCUGAUCUGCGAGGUGGAUACACUGACUUGGAGUUGCGUGAAGAAGUCUUAACUUUCAUUAUAGCUGCCAUGGACACUUCCGCUACGGCUAUGGGGUUCACUCUUAAACUCAUGGGGAAAUAUCCAGAAAUUCAGCAAAGAGUGUUUAAAGAACUGGAUGCAGUAUUUGAAGGAUCAGACCGCUUAUUACAUAAACACGAUUUAGCGAAACUCCAAUAUUUAGAAAGGGUUAUUAAAGAGACUCUGAGAUUAUUCCCAUCAGUUCCGUUCGUAGUUCGUAAAGCGGAAUAUGAUACACAAUUGAACGAAGACAUUACGCUGCCCAAAGGUGCUGGUAUAAUAUGCAGCAUAUGGGGUGUUCAUCGUAAUCCUACCAUUUGGGGCCCUGACGCCGACUGCUUCGAUCCCGAUAGAUUCCUGCCAAAGAGAUGCAAAGACCUCCCAGCCUGUGCUUACAUUCCAUUUAGCUUCGGACCUCGCAAUUGUCUCGGUUACAAGUAUGCAAUGAUGUCAAUGAAGACCGCUCUAUCGACACUGCUACGUCGAUAUCGCGUGGUCGGGGAGCCAGAGGCUGGACCCAUCCCUCAUAUCAGAGUGAAGCUGGAAGUGAUGCUGAAGGCGGUCGAUGAAUACGAAAUAGCGAUUGUGGAAAGAUAAUACCUAAUAUUAAAUGUUGGUUUUUAGUUCAAGUACUUAUAUAAUGUGGUUUUAAACUAGAACUGAAAUGCCAUCUUCCUGACUCCUAUAUGACCUUGAAGAUCAGGAAUCGGAGAAGUUUGCUAAUUCGAUGAAAUAAUUUAUAUUUUAGUAUAGAAUUUUUCCUACGAACUUUUAAAUUUUUGCUAUAUUUCAUAUGUUAGGAAAAAGUAGGAAACUUGAGACGACUGUAACAGAUUAUAUUAUGUUAGCAAUCUUGUGCCACUGCACUAUUGCUAUUUUAUCAUAUAAAUGUGUAAAAUUACUUUAUUAAAAUGUCUCCUUAUUGAACAUUACUAGGCAAGACUAUUUUACAAUAGUGCUAAUACGUUUUUAUGUAAUGUAUUUCUAUUGGACCUAGUUUUAGUGACAUUUUUGUAUAUGUAGCAAACAGGUCCGUUAUAUAUAUUUGUAGUAUUUUAAAGACGGAAUUGGUGAUCGGUUAGUUAUUAAAGGUAUCUCAUAAAUAUACUAGGCAAUAUAUUAUUGUUUCGGUAGAAACCAGUCUACCUUCUACUCUUUAAUUGCUUCAGUAUAUUAUUGUAAUUAUUAUUUUAUUACAAACCUUGAUACAUAACGCAGUAUUAAUAACAAUAUUAUUUAUUUAUUAUAUUGUUGAUAAAUACAAUGGGAUUUAAAUAAACUUCUUCUUCCUGCGUCUGUUCUAAAAAAACUAAAAUCCUAGUGUAUUGGGUGUGAUCAACCUUCAGGUCGUGCGUUCGAACCACAAUUAUGGAUUUUACUUUCUAUAUAAGUACGCAUUAAACAAUCACUCGUACACUAAAAUAACAUUGUUAGGACAGUGGCUUUAACUUAAAAAUCGGCAGAUAUGAAAGGCUGAUAAGAAAAAACGUUAGUUUUAAACUUAGGCAUAUAUUCCUAUAUAUCGUCAUAGUCGUAGAAUAGUGACGGAUCUGAUAAAUAGUAAACAUUACAGGGCAGCCAUUUCAAAAUAAUAAAAUUGGCUUGUAUGCCAAUUUUCAUACAAAAGGGUUUGUUUUGAAACAAAAUGAAAAUAAUAACAUUUUAAUUAUACAGUUUUCUAGAAAAAUCACAUGCUUCUAUGAGCGUCUAUCAAAUCCGACACUUUACCGACAGAUUAAUUUGAAAUUUAAAACACAUGGAAUUUUUUUUUAUGUAGCCGUAAUAUUUAGUCAAUGUAGUAUUCAAAUAUGAUAAAAAGUGGAUUUUGGAUUUUUGCCAAAUCCGCCAUUGUUCUAGGAUCAUAACGAUAUGUACAUAUAUAUAAAAAUUAAGAAGAGCGCUACCUUAAAGGCUGGCAACGCA